GCAGACGCCCUGUUCGCUCUGUGGAGUACGGCCGAGGCGGAGACGCAGCUGUGCUACUACGGGCUGUCGGGCGCCGCCGACGCCGCCGGCUGGGCCGAGGUGGCGCUGGAGCCGCCGCCGCCGGCCGUGCUGCCGGCCGCAGCCGAGCACCUCAGCCAGAGCUACUUGCGACACAUCUUCCACCCGGGCAGGUUCCAGCUGAGCACGCUGCAGCGCGCGGUCAGUAUCCGCAGCCGGGUGGCCUGCACCGAGACGGACGCGCGCCGCCUCCGCGCCGCCGUGGUGGCCGCCGUCGAGGCCGACAUCCAGCGCUCGGUGCCCGACUCUCAGUCUCAGCUGACCGCCGACCAGUUUGCCGAGCUGACGCAGGCGGCCUGGGAGUCGCUCUACUCGGCCUGUCUGCAGUACCACCAGGCCGACACCAAGCCGAUGGGCCUGUGCGCAGACGCCGGCUCUGGCCAGGUGUGUGUGGUGCGCCGGGCGUUGGUCAGCUACCUGCGGCCGGCCGGCCUGCUGGAGCGGCUGUGGCUCUCGGAGCUGACGGAGCCCGAGGACCUGUGCGCGCCCGACGACCGCCUGCAGGCCGACGUGGCGCGCCUGGUGCAGUGCUGCCGGCUGCUGGAGGGCCACCUCUCGGAGCAGCUGUGGGCGGCCGUGCGACAGGACCUGGCGCACCUGGUGCCGCCGGACGCGAUUGCCGCCUCGGUGGUGGCCAAAGUGUCGGAGGAGCCGACGGCCGAGUUCGCCGCCUUCCGAGACCUGCUGGCCGAGCGGCUGGCCGCCAUGGACUCGCUGUCGGCCGCGCUGGCCAGGCUCGUCGAGUUUCUGCAGGUGGACGGUGGCCCGCUGCCGCCGGCCGAGGGCGCCGGGCCGGCGCUCAGCAGCCGGCUGGGCACCGGCCUGCUGGCGGCCACCGUGCGCCAGACGGUGCGCCUCCGGUUCAGCGUGGCCACGUCGCUGGUCCUGCUGCAGACGCUGGCGCUGAAACUCAGCGAGCGUUGCCGACUGCAGGCCGAACACGAGAGCUACAUCAGGGCGCGCUUCCUGCCGGAGAGCGUUAUACAGGUGCAGGCGUAUUUCGCGCUGCUCUGGCUGUCGGAGACGCCCGCUGAGGCCGUCUCCGGGGACAGUCAGGAGACGGCGCGCCGGCAGCUGGCGGCGCUCACCGUCCAGGAGGCGCCGCCGGCGGCCGCCGCCGCCGUCUCGGUGGCCGCCGGCCGGCUCAGCUUGCUGGAGCUGUUCGCGGCGGGCGCGGGCGGCGCGGCGGCGCGGGCCGCCUCCGGGCCGGCGGCCGGCCUGCACUCUCUGCCGGAGCAGGCGGCGGCGCUGCUGCGCCUCGUCUGGCCCGGCGGCGCCCACAGCCAGCUGCCCGAGCUGCUGCUCGCCUCCUGCCAGCACGCGGCGCUGCGCGAGUACGUGCGCCUGCACUCCACCUGGUGCGACCGCAACUCGGCGUCGCGGUGUCUGCUGCGCGGCCUGGCGCUGCUCAACCUCGGACAGCCGGACAAGGCGUGCGACGUGCUGGUGGCGUCUGCCGACUCGGUGGGCCUGGACGAGCCGCUGCUGGCGCGCCUGCUGCGGCUCGACCCGGCGCCCGACGAGCCGCACUCGCGCCUGCUGGUGCGCUACUACCUGCGCGUCAUCCGGCUGCUGGAGCUGCACCACCUGCCCGACUACGUGCUCGAGCUGGCCUCGGCCGGCAUCGCCGUGGCCGAGGAGGCCGACCCGAACGUGGCCACCCUGUGGGCCAUCGCGUUCAAAUACCACCUGCGGCUGGGACACGUGCAGGAGGCGUACGCCGCCAUGACGGGCAACCCGGACGCGUCCAGUCGUGGCGACUGCCUGCACCAGCUGGUGGUGACGCUGCACGAGCGCCGCCAGCUGGCCACGCUGGUGCAGCUGCCCUACGUGGACAUGCUGGGUGACGUGGUGGCCAUUCUGGAGAACCGCGCGCGCGCGGCCGACCCGCUGGCGCCACAGUUCUACGACGUGCUGUACGCGUUCCACGUGGCGCGCUCCAACUAUCGGAAGGCGGCGGCCGUCAUGUACGAGUGGGCGCGCCGGCUGGCCGGGGAGCCGGCCGGUCUGGCGCGGCAGGCGCGCUGCUACCUGGCCUGUGUGAACGCCCUGCAGCUGGUGAGCGCCGAGUACGCGUGGAUCGUGCGGCCCGAGGUGGAGGAGCGCGGCGCGCCGGCCGUCACCGUGCUCACGCUGGACGAGAUACGGCGGGAGGCCGACCUGGUGGCCGCCCAGCUGCGCCUGCGCGAGUGGGAGGCGCGCGACGGUGGGGGGGCGCCGCCGGCCGGCGUCUCGGCGCUCUCGGCCGAGGAGCUGCUGGCGCGCCUGGUGGCCGCCCGGCUCUACACGGACGCCGUGCAGGUGGCGCGCGCGCACCGGCUCAGCGCCCAGCCCGUCGUGCGUGAGCUGGCCGCUGCGCUGGCCUCUGGCGCGCCCGACGGCUCCGCCUGGCAGUGGCUGGGCCGGUGCCAGCUGCCGGCCGGCGCGGCCGGCGCCGGCUCGGCCGCCGAGCAGACGGCCGCCCUGCUGCGGCACGUGCUCGCCGACGCGCCGGCCGGCGACACGCGCCUGCUGCGCGCCGCCGCCGAGCGCUUCCUGCAGCUGGGCCGGCCGCUGCCCGCCUGGCUGGCGGCCGACUACGAGCGCCGCGCCGCCGCCGAGCUGGGCCGGCUGCUGCUGCGCGCCGGCCAGCUGGAGGCGGCCGGCCGGCUGCUGGUGCGUCUGCUGGAGGCGCUGCUGGGCGCCGGCCCGGAGCGGUUCGGCGCCGGCGCACUGCACGCCGCCGCGCCGCCCGUCUGGCUGCCCUACACGCUGGUGGACCAGGUGCGCGCCGAGCUGGCGGCGCACCGCCACAGCGCCGCCUACGCCGAGCUGCACCGCCAGCUGGACGGGCGGCUGCUCACCUACCAGCAGACGGUGCAGCGCGUGUCGCGUGACAUGGCCGCCGUGCGGUAGGCGGCGCCCGGCGCCGGCCCGCCCGCGGAGCGCGCCCCAGAGCGGCCGGCUCAUCCUCGGCGGGCGAACCGGACGCACUGCAAGCUAAAGGCUAAAGGCAAGCUAACUGGCAUUGUGGCCGCCGGAAGUCUGUCAAUGUCAGCGGAUAAUGACCGUCGAAUAUCCUAAGCUGCUGCGUGACGAGCAUCUUUGAGCGUUGGAGAUCUCAGAUGGCGAACCGUGGGAUGGCUGAUUGCCUGCUCUUUGCCGCGAGUUCCUGGCCUGUCAGUACGCAGAGCCGUUACGGAGCGUUCAUUCAUGUCCUGAAAACUCUUCAGCCGACUCAUGAAAUACACAAAUGCAUUGUAG